UUCCGCAUUCAGGAGGAAAGCAAAGCGCGGCCAGAACAUGUUGCGAGUGGGACUGAGGACGAGGCAAACAGAUCACUAGUUUGAGAUAAAUCAGUCCAACAGAGUUUAUAGAUGAUCUAUAGUUUAUGAACAUCUGUUUUGCGGAAUUUAUCGUCAGCUACUGUGUCCGGACCCCAAUGGGUUUGACCUUUGACUGUGACGGCGUCCAGCGGAGCUGAGAGAAGAGCCUCGUCACCGGGCCAGGGGGAAAGAUUCAGAGGACUGCUGGGAAAUCCUCAACGCUGGUGGAAACCUUGACAACCAAACUGCCCUAUCUGUCUUUCUCUCCCCCUGUUCUCCUUCCCCCUCCCCCUUUCUCUCUCUCUCUCUCUCUCUCUCUCUCUCUCUCUCUCUCUCUCUCUCUCUCUCUCUUUCCCUAUUCCCCACUCCACUUUUUCUCUCCACAAAACCUCGGGGAGGGAACUCAUUUGCUGGCAGUAGAGGACUGUUACUGCCUGCCAAGUAAAGGGAAAGGGAGAGAGAGAAGAACAAAAGAGAGAGAGAAAAGAAAGAGAGAGAGAGGAUUAAAGAGGCAGCCAGAUGAAGAGUGACAACAGAAAUUAAGGAGAUGCUCCACAAACAGACUAAACUGAAGUUGAGCUAGAAAGCACUGGAAUGAUUGGGAAGUCCUAACAACCAUCGCCAUGGUGACGAUGGAAUAACCCUUAUAUAUUUCUUUUUCACUGGAGGACUUUUUUGUGGGAUUUUUUUGGUUGUUUGUCUUUUUUUUGUUCACUGCGGUGCGCAUGAGCUCUCACCAUGCAUGCCAAAGGGAAGUACCUGCUGAACGACAAGGAGCUCAAACAGGAAGCGCUGUACAGGAAGUUCUCCUGCAUCAGCCAGUAUCAGCCCCUGGUGCUGCUGCUAGGCCUCUCCAUGCUGUCCUGCGCCGGCCUGCUCAUCCUCUUCUUCUCCCUCAGCCUGAGUGCGCGGGAGCACAAGGCGUUUGUGAGCGCGGUGAGCUGCGGGCUGUGUGUGUUCCUGGUGGUGUUCGUGCUGGUGUGCACCGAGGUGCUGUCGCAGCGCUGGCGCCGGCUGCUGGGCCUGCUGGUGUGGGCCACACACCUCACCAUGGGCUUCACCUUCAUCUUCAGCGGAGAGCACAUCUGGCCCUGGGACCAAGUGCCAUUCUCCCUCCUCCAGGUAUUCUUUCUCCUUGCCAUUAUCUUCAUUAUCUUCACCGUUUACACCAUGCUGCCAUUCCAGAUGACCUAUGCGGUCAUCCUCAGUGUAAUCUCCUCCGUGUCCCAUAUCAUUGUUCUGAGCUUACGGCUGGCCGUCUUCAACUCCUCCGACAGUCCUCACUUAGCCAAGCAGAUGCUGUCCAACGCGGUGGUGUUCCUGUGUGGCAGUGUGGUGGGGGCCUUCCAUAAGGUCCUGAUGGAGAGGGCUCUGAGGCAGACCUUCAAGGACACCCUCAGCUGUCUGGGCAGCCGCAUGAAGCUGGAGAUCGAGAAGAGGCAGCAGGAGAACCUUUUGCAGUCGGUCCUGCCUGUCUAUAUCUCCAUGAAGAUGAAGCUGGCCAUCAUGGAGAGGCUGCGGGAGUGCAAGGACAAGGAGGAGCAACAGCGUCUGGUCAAAGACAACAACUUCCACAGUCUCUACGUGAAGAGACACGAGAACGUCAGUAUUCUCUAUGCUGAUAUUGUGGGCUUCACACAGCUGGCUAGUGACUGCUCUCCCAAAGAACUGGUGAUCAUGCUCAACGAGCUCUUUGGAAAGUUUGACCAGAUCGCCAAAGAAAAUGACUGCAUGAGGAUAAAGAUUCUGGGAGACUGUUAUUACUGUGUGUCUGGUCUGCCUGUGUCACUGUCCAAACAUGCCAAGAACUGUGUCAAGAUGGGCCUGGACAUGUGCGAGGCUAUCAAGCUGGUCCGUGAGGCCACUGGCGUGGACAUCAACAUGCGUGUGGGCGUGCACUCUGGGAAUGUCCUGUGCGGAGUCAUUGGCCUGCGCAAAUGGCAGUUUGACGUGUGGUCUCAUGACGUCACCCUGGCUAAUCACAUGGAGUCGGGAGGUUUGCCCGGGCGAGUGCACAUAACGGAGUCCACCCUGAAGCACCUGAAUAAGGCCUACGAGGUGGAGGAGGGCAAUGGCCACGAGCGCGACGCCUACCUGAAGGAGAUGAAAUUGCGUACCUACCUGGUCAUUGACCCUCGGUCCAAGGACCACACACAGAAUAAGAGCACAGUCAUAAAGCCGCGUGUGAACGAUGGGCUGAAGAUGCGGGCGUCCGUGCGAAUGACUCGCUACCUGGAGUCCUGGGGGGCAGUCAAGCCCUUCGCCCACCUGCAGAGCCGAGAGGGGUUUCCCACUGAUGCCAUGGUCAACGGCAAGCAACGCAGCAAGGACAUUCCAAUGAGAACGUCACAGUGUGCUAAAAUCACAGAAAGCUUUGAUGAGUCUCUCGAGGAGCCCUUGUCCUUGCCCGCCCCUCCGAUCAGCACCUAUAAAAACAAAUCUCAGAAGAGCAAGUUUGAUGCGGAGCUUCACAAUGAGAUGGUCGCUACCAUUGAUGAGCUGAGCUCCAGCAAGCAGUGGGUUAAAUCAGAGGAGAUCCGCAGCCUGACCAUGUGGUUCACUAAGAAGGAGUUGGAGAAGCAGUACAGGGACAUUGACCUGCCCAUCUUUAAGUACUACGUAGGAUGCGCUAUAUUUAUCUUCUUCUGCAUCUAUUUGGUUCAGAUGUUCGUCACCAGGGAUCAAGACCGUCUGGCCAUCGGGUUUGGGGUGCUGGUGUGUGUCCUCCUGCUGACCCUGGGCAUCUGUUUCUCUGGGCAGUUACAGCGUCUGUUCCCUGAGAAGCUGGCAGACUGCCGGUGGCUACCUGCCGUCUCCGAGGCUGUGGUGAAGAGGCCUUUUGUACGCCUGCCACUGGCAACCAUCACUACGACAAUCAUCAUAAUCAUGGCCGUUUUUAACCUGUGCUUUCUGGAGUCACCUCUUCCACCUCAGUGUGGCUCUGCUUCUGACCGCAAUAAUCUCAGCACCUUUCUGGACACAGACAGGGGCACAGAAGGCGACCUAUACUACCUCCCAUACUCGGUGUACAGCUGUAUCCUGGCGCUGAUAGCCUGUGGGGUGUUUCUGCGGAUGAGCUUUGAGCUGAAAGUGCUGUUCCUGUGUGUGGCCUCGAUGGCCUACUACAUCAUCAUCUUCUACUCACAGGAGCCUCUGUUCACCUGCUACGGCAGGAUCCUCUACCCCGCCAACGGCAGCAGUGAUGGCGACUUUUCUGUCCUGAGGGAUGCAGGACUCAUCAAGCAUCCUCAGCUGAUGAGCUGCAUCUACAUCACCCUUUUCCUAGUCACCAUGCUUCUCAUCUCUCGACAUAACGAGCAUUGCUGCCGUCAAGACUUCCUUCUCAAGAACAAGAACCGCACGGAACAGGACGAGAUCAUGACUCGGGAGAACCUUAACCGGCUGCUCCUGGAGAACGUGCUGCCAGCCCACGUGGCCGCGCGCUUCGUCGGCGAGAACAAGAAGAACGAGGACCUUUACUACCAGUCUUAUGACUGUGUGUGUGUGAUGUUCGCCUCUGUCCCGGAUUUCAAAGAGUUCUACACGGAGUGUGACAUCAACAAGGAAGGCCUGGAGUGUCUGAGGCUUCUGAAUGAGAUCAUCGCCGACUUUGAUGAGGUGUUGUCCAAGCCGAAGUUCAGUGGCGUGGAGAAGAUCAAGACGAUCGGAAGCACAUACAUGGCUGCUGCAGGCCUCAGUGCAAGCACAGGCCAGGAGAAUAAUCAGGAGAGGCAACAGGCACAGAUUGGGAAUAUGGUUGAGUUUGCCAAUGCCCUGAUGGGAAAGCUGGAAGGCAUCAACAGGCACUCCUUCAACAGUUUCCGGCUCCGCGUCGGUAUUAAUCAUGGGCCUGUGAUCGCUGGAGUCAUCGGGGCCAGGAAGCCUCAGUAUGACAUCUGGGGAAACACUGUAAACGUAGCCAGCAGGAUGGAGAGUACCGGAGAGUUGGGCAAAAUCCAGGUGACGGAGGAGACGUCGGACGUCCUGCAGAAGCUGGGCUACUCCUGCGAGUGCCGGGGCUUCAUCAACGUCAAGGGGAAGGGCGAGCUCAAGACCUUCUUUGUGUGCACGGACAUGAGCAAGCAGCAGGGCAUGGGCCUCAGCUGAGCCCGGCUGUCUGUCACAAAAAACAAAAACAAGCACUCAAUCAGAUGGCUCCGGAAGUCUAUUGACAAUAUAUCCAUGUUGACACGAACAGUCUGUUAUUCCAGACCAGGGCUGAACAUUUUGCCACGGCAAUCCCUAGCGCCUAAAAAAAAGUGUUCUUCAUGCUAACUCUGGAGUGGGAUAUAAAGACGGUGUAGAUAAUGGCUUUAGCAUAGCUGGCUGCUGUCUUAGCCUGCUGUUUGUUUGGCCUGAGAGUACAGCCACAUCUCAAGGCCCCUGUUUCAAGAGUGAAUGCACCACUUGGACUUACAGAAAGUUCCCUUAAGAAUGACUGGGAUCCAACUGGUCUGAGCACUGUUCAACUGCUGUUUGUGUCAAAAUACUGAAGUUCGUUUUGAUGCUAGAAAAAAAAAAAAAAAAAACCAUGACUGUCCUGUUAGAAGUGGUCCUAUGCUUGUGUUCGUCUUCUCAUUUGUGGCAAUAUUUGCUCUUACCCGCCAUGAUGCAUUGAGACGUAUAUACUUAUUUGCAAAUAUACAUAAAGCUAAAGAAUGGCCAAUACUAUGGAACAGUGGCUUAAUCUCUUAGUUACUUUGUAACGUACAACUGCAGUGCAAGAGCUCAUCUGAAGGAAACAUUUCAAACCAGCUUUUCUGGAGGAUUUGGGACAAUGGGGAAACAAUGGGCCUUUGUAUUCAACCAUAGAUGGAGCAGAGCAUUAACUUCUCAAAGAUUAAGAUAAGGGGAAACCCCACCUGUCCUACUAUUGUCAGCAUGUGAAAAUCACUUCUAAUGACUCAUUACGUUCUGUACCUUGUCCGACUCCGAAUCUUUUGAAUUGUCUCUCUCUUAAAGCUGCUCACGUGUCUUGUGUUGCACUUGACAUCUGCUUUUAACGUUUCGGUGUUGACAUCUCCUGUCCAUCGCUGCCUUGUCUUUGAGACGUGGACUCAAGUGCUGCUCUUGGCAUCCUCUCGGAGGGAAUUGCUGGUCAAUAAGAGAAUUUAUUGCUUUUUGGCUCUUCCUAGGAGGCAUUUAUUGCUUUGGACAUUUGCUGAGCCAGGGACCAAGAAGAAACGUUCAUGUGCCUCUAGGGGAGAAAAUGGUCGUGUGUACUUUGGCUAUAUAACUUUCGAGUGUAAAACUUUCUUACCGUGUCAAUCCUGUGCUGCCUUUUGUGAUUUAUAAGCAGUAGCUUUGAGGAACAUCGUGUGCAUUUCCCCAACAUUUUGUAUAGUAUAAAUGUAUAAUAAAUAAUUUCUCAUGUA